AUGGUGAGCGGUGCAGAUUUGUCUGUUGAUUUGGCGGCGCCUUUGCGAUUGAGAGUUGAUCUUUCGUCUUGCUACAAAUGUUUGUACUACUCCCUCCUGCACAAGAGAAAAUGCCCCAUUUGCAAACAAGCCAUUCGAAAUAAUGAGUUGAAGAGAAUAGCGGGGAAAAGAAAAAGAGAGUAUGAGCAAUUAAGAAUAAGGUGUAACUUAUGUAAGGAGGAACUGAAAAUAAAAAAUUACGAGAAACAUUUAAAAAUUUGCAAGUACAAGAGAUGCAAAAAUUACAUGUUAGGAUGUGAUUAUUACGACAAAAGGAACAAAUUAAAAGCACACGAAGAAACAUGUGAGCAUAGAUUAAUACGAUGUUCAAAUUGCUACAAUUUAUUUUAUUAUAAAAAUCGCAUUUUCAUGUUAACCCUAAAGGAAAAAUAUGAAAUGAACGUCAGGUGUACGUACACGUAUUAUUCUUUUUACUACAACUUGUUAAUGAAUACAAAUUUUAAUUUUUUUAAAUACAACAAGUGUAUGGCGAAUAAGUAUUUUUCUUGUGAUAAUUAUUUGUCAAAGAAGUUGUCUCUUUUGAGGAGCUUUCAGCGUACCCUUGAACGUUUUGUGGGUAAAUCGGAUCCUGGGCAGGGAGGCCCAACGGUAGAUCAAAGCAACGGUGAAAUCACUCAAAGUAGUGGAGGAGCGCCUAUCCAAAGUGGAAAUCUCCUCAACAACGCAAUUAAGAGUGGCCCAUCCGUUUUCUACAGAGGAAGGGCCACUGGUGCUUCCGAAUUGGAAAUCGAAGGAAGUGAAGCUAAUUACCAGCGUUUGCUAAAUUUCGCGCCUCCGUCGGGCGGGGUAGCAGAUGAUGGACCCCUGCACAUGCUCAGAACCAGUCGUUUGGCUAAUGCCCACACGGGUGGAAGCCAACAGGGGGAAUCUUAUGAGAGUGACAGCUCGGGGGCGACGGACAAAUUGGAAGAAGUCAGUCGCGCGGGCGAAGCGAGCCAAUCCAGCAGCACGGACCACUCAAGAGGAAGCCACCAGUCAAGCGGCAGCCACCGCUCAAGUCGCUCACACCGUUCACACUGCUCACACCGCGCCAAGCGGAGUGGCCCCCCCCGCGGCGGCAACCAUUCCGGUGAGGAGGAACCCUUGAACAUACUGCCCCUGAGGAAAUAUUUCAGCUUCAAAGAUAAAAACAGCAAGGACAUCAUAGUCAUAAUAAAGGAACUGUUCCAAUUUGAUAGCGUAGACAUGAGCAACCUCUGUGUAGACGAUAAUGAGGAGUUUUUUUUAUGCGAGAAAAAUUGUUUUAGGAGUACCAUUAAAAAUCUUAAGAGCGAAUUGGAGCAGUCCCUCGUGCUUUUAUAUUUUUGUUGCUGCGUGGGCAUGCCUGCCAUGUUCACACUUGGUUGCAUGAGCUACAUCACGACCAAGGGGCUAUUUAGGUUCUCCUUCUUGUUGGCCAGCACGUUCAUCAGUUUGUCGCAGCGCCUUUUUUUUAAGUUCUUCUACGGUUAAGGGUUGCGGGAGGUUUAUCACCAGAAGUUAGCGGUGUGUCACGAAUCUAUGGCGCGACGUUAACCUUUGGCGCGACACGAACCUUUUGCGUUGUACUUUUUUUUUUUUGUGUUUUCCCUCAACCUCGCAUUUUUUUGUAUGCCUCUUUUUAAUUAUCAUGUUUAUUAU